ACAAGAACGAAUUAUCUGUCGGAUAACCGCAGAAAGUUUGUCAUGUAGUCAGGAUUAUCAAACCUGGAGUGACAGUAAUUCCCUUCAGUAGAGGUCUGCCAGUAAAAUGGUAUCUACUGAUAGUGCCUUUUCAUGGUUUCCCACCGUGCUAGAAGUUUCUAUUGUGCAGUAGCAUACUGUUUUGGAUGACACUGGAAAAAGUACUGGGAUGUCAACACCAACUUUACCAAUGAGUGGAGGCGGUGGUCACACAGGGGGAGCGGAUGACGUGAGUGUUAAGGAACCAGACAAUUCUGAAUACCAGAAGUCUGUACAGAUUGUCCUAGGGACUGUGUGUGGUGUUUUUGGGUUCCUUGGCCUCCUACUGGUUAUAUCCCUUCUCUAUCGCCUCUACAAACGACGCCGGGCACAGAACUAUACCACAGGAUCAAGGGAACAGAAUGAACUGAACAGUUCUAUAACCCUAGAUCUUGAACAGAAGCAGAUACCAUCUGUGCUACUCCUGUAUGCCUAUGACUGUGCGGCCCAUGAGAAAGUUGUGUCUGCACUAGCAGGCUACCUCAUAGAGACUUGUAAUUGUAACGUCCAUCUUGAUCUAUUUGAGGAUCAGAUAAUUUUUGAGCGUGGUUUAGACGACUGGCUGGUAGAUCGUCUACAGGAAGUAGAUUACAUCAUUGUGUUGUGUUCAGUGGGUGCAAGACUCAGGUGCACAAAAAAACGUGUGAGAUUCAAAUUUGAUCCAUGCAGAAAGAUUCCAGAUUAUUUUGCAGUGGCUGUAGACUAUGUAGCGGAGAAGAUGAGAGUAGAGCGAUCUAAAGGCCUAGCCAUGUCUAAAUAUGCUGUGGUUUACAUGGACUAUUCCACAGCAAGUGACAUUCCUCAUCAGUUGGAGACUGGUGCAAAGUUUUGUCUGAUGAGGGACAUCUUACCACUGUUCUGCCAUUUACAUGGGACAAGUACAGAGCAAACAAAAAAUGGAAAUGUAUGCCUUGGAAUAUCAGACAAAACUUAUGACAGCUCAGAACUGGGAACAGAACUUAGAGUUGCUAUUGAAUCUGCAAAAGAAUUUUUUCGUUGUAAUCCCAAUUGGGUGGAGGAUAGCAUGGAAUUCAUUCCUCCACCAAGUAAGUCAAAAUCUCGCCACACACGCAAAAGCUCCUUGGAACCUUUAUUAGGGGAUCUGAAAGUGGGUAUUCCAGAGACUGAUGACCUUCAGCAAGCGAAUACAUUGGUUGACAUUCACAGCCAAACCUUGCCACGUAGCACCAAACAAACACAUUUGAACAUGGUGGGAACUUUACAGAAUCGUCAGAAUUCACUGCCCUCUUCACUUUCCAGCCAUCAGACUUUGUCUACUCCACCAAACCACACUUCCAAGUCAUGUGACAGCUUCCAGUCACCAUCGCUUUACAGUGGCCUAGAACAGAUGUCGUGCCUAGUUUGUGGAAAAGAAGGGGAUCACCUCCCCAGCACACGCUGUAAGGGACGACGGCUUGCUCGGCAGCCUACACAAGACAGUGAGGAUGAUAUGUCUACUUAUAGGAACAAGAGUAAGUCAAUGCCUACUGUGUGUGAUUCUAGCAUCCACAGCUCUCAGACAGUGUUCCAAGCAGAUGUUCACAAGGAAUGGGAUGAGCAUGGGGCCAAAAUGUCUGGCUCUGAUUCACAAGAUUCUGGGUCAAACAAAGACUUUGCAAUGGAGGACCUUGAAAAAGAUCUGCAGUCCAUAAGGAUGCCCUCUAGUCUAAAAAUGGGUUCUUUUCAUUACGACAUCCCACCUAUUGGAGUUCGACCCAUUCCUAAGGUUACCCACAGCAUACAGACUUCUUCCCCCUCAUCCCACCUACCGACUGCGACUGAUGCAGCCUUGCUCCUUCAGCCGCUCAAACAAACAUUCCCCAAUGUUGACAAGUCGUCCAGUGUGAUGUCUCUGGAAGAGCAAAUUUUUCAACUGCAGGAUAUCAGGUUGUGAUUUUGUGAUCUUCUGAUCUUCGUUACAGAUGGAACACAACUUUGUGACCCUGUGUAUUAAAGGGAACACAAGUUAAUUACCCUCUGUAUAAAUGGGAGCUCCAGUGUGUAGAUUUGACCUGAUCAAUCCAUUUCUUUAAGCAUGCUAUAUUUUACAAAUACAUGCAUUAAAUCUAGGAUGAUUCUGAAACUUUGUCUUUUUUAUACAAGGUAAAACAUUUGCAAAACAUUUUCCAAUUUGUGACAUGCUGGAGAUCAUUUAACCAUUGUUAAUAUAAUGUAAAAUAUUCAUUUAAAUUGUUUGAAUUGCAAACAUGUGAAAACAGGAGUUUGGUAUAGACAUAGGUUUUGUUCAUAUUACGGACAACAUGUAUUUAAGAAAAUUGCACAAUGAACUUUUCCAUAUUGGGAAAAAUCGUCUCAAGGUUUGUGACCACCAUUUCUACAUAGGCAUUCAAUGUCGGUAAGAUACCAUCAAAUUAUGAUAUUUUAUGUAGCAUAUACCAAACGCAAUGCAAUUUAAAGAGUUACAAUGACUUGAAAUUGGAGUAAUUAAAACAAAAAUGAUACAGCUAAGGAGAGUUUCAAAUUACUCCCUGGAUACCUGUUGAAUAGUUGUGUUUCGUUUAUUGACCUUUCAAAAAAAUAAAGAAGAAAAAUGGAUCUGACCAAGUCAUAGUACAUACUGGUGUCUUCUAUAUACAGCAGGAAAUCUCUCUUACAAAUAGUUAAA